CACACCGGACGUGACGCCAUGGCUUUAAAUUACUUGAAGGAACUCCAGAAAAAAAUGCAUUGGUUGUACAGUAUGAAAAGAAGCCUGUAGGCUGUGAUGACUCUACAAGCUGAAGAUAAUGAGUAAAUGAAUGCAGCGGUGCUUCACUUCCAAAGAUGAAGAGUGAGCUGGGGUCAAAUCUGGCUUUACACCGCAAGAAAGGGGAAGCUGACCGCAAGUUUCAUUGUAAGCUUUGACUUCGGACGUGACUGCUUUAAGCUGCUGAGUCAUGGCUCUGAAGACAGCAGUGAGCUCUGUGACUGUGGGGGUGGACGGCAUGACCUGCGGCUCCUGUGUGCAGAGCAUUGAGCAGCAAGUCGCUGGGCUCCCCGGAGUCUAUGGCCUUCAGGUGUCCUUGGAGCUGAAGCAGGCUAUGGUGACAUUCGAUCCCAGCCUCCAGAGCCCAGAGUCUCUAGCAGAAGCCAUUGAAGACAUGGGCUUCGAGUCCAGGCUCCCAGAAUUCCCUGCCGCUGUACCUGUACCCACAGAAACUAGAGUCAUAUCACUGACAGGCCUUUCCAUUGAAUCCCAGCCCCAGGCCCUGAGCUCACUGUCCCAGCUGAGGGGGGUUGUGCAGGCCUCAGUGGUCCCCAGCCAGGACAGUCUGUCCCUCACCUUCAUUCCGUCCAUGACCAGUGCCGAGCGGGUCGACGAAGCGCUGAGGAGUCUGGGCUUGGAAGCGGAGACCGAGCCCCCCGAGCGGCCGCCGGCCAGUCAGGAUGACGAGGUGCUGGUGAAGAUGCGUAUCGAAGGGAUGGCCUUCCUGUCCUGCACCACGACCAUAGAAGGGAAAAUCAGGAAGCUGAAUGGUGUCCGGAAGGUCAAAGUUGUUUGGGACGCCCAAGAAGCCACAGUGGUGUAUGUGCCUCAGAUCAUCACUCUUGAUGAGAUUGUCAGCCAGAUCAGCGUGGAAGGCUUCCAGGCCCAUGUGAAAUCCAAGCCCAGCCCUAUACAGCUGUCCAGCAGCAAGGUGGAGUGCCUGCAGGCUUCCGCCGGGCCGACUGUCGUGCCUCCCUCCCUGGGUGCUGCUGUCCCCGUGCUGCUGAGGGUGACCGGCAUGCACUGUCGCUCCUGCGAGACCAACAUCCAGGACAACGCGUCGUCUCUGCCGGGGGUGGUCUCCGUGGAGGUCUCUCUGGAGCGGGAGAAUGCGGCGGUGUGCUAUAAUCCUAGGCUUAUCUCGGUCACACAGAUACGCCAGGCCAUCGAAGCUCUCCCACCCGGGAAUUUCCGGGUCUAUAUGGAUGGUGAAACACCCCCAGUGCCCCAGGGCCUUCCCGCCCCAUUGCCGCUGGCCCCAGAACCCGGAGUUUUGCUGCCCCAGGGGCCAGUCGUAGUUAUCGGCAUUGAAGGCAUGACCUGUGGCUCCUGUGUGCAGUCUAUCGAGGGAAUGAUGUCUCAGCACAAGGGGGUAAAGUCUGUCCAGGUCUCUCUCUCCAGCCAUAAGGGCACAUUUCAGUAUGACCCUCUUGUCACCACACCAGAAGAGCUCCGCCUGGCCAUCGAAGACAUGGGCUUUGAUGCUUUCUUACCAGAAACAAAUUCCUUGGUCACGGAGUUGCCUUUGCCCCCAGAAGACACCCCCAAGGAUGAGGGUAACGAAGAUUCUGGGGAUGUUCAGGGAGAGCAAGGAGGGGCAAAAACCCUGUCAAAGUGCUAUAUACACAUUGGAGGAAUGACCUGUGCUUCCUGUGUGGUUAACAUUGAGAGGAACCUCAAGAAUGAGGAUGGAGUUUACUCUGUGCUCGUGGCACUAAUGGCCAGUAAGGCAGAAGUGCGUUACAACCCUAGGAUCAUUGACGCUGCCAGCAUUGUGGAGUGCAUCCGAGAGCUGGGCUUCACCGCGUCUGUCAUGGAGAAUUACGAUGGCUCUGAUGGCAGCCUGGAGCUGGUGGUGAGGGGGAUGACAUGCGCCUCCUGUGUGCACAAAAUUGAGUCGAACCUGAUGAAAAACGAAGGCGUCGUCUAUGCAUCUGUGGCGCUGGCUACCAACAAAGCCCACAUCAAAUAUGACCCGGAAGUAACUGGACCACGUGAUCUGAUCAAACUGAUUGAGAAUCUAGGCUUUGAGGCUUCUCUUGUGAAAAAAGACCGCUCUGCCAGUCACCUGGACCACAGCAAGGAGAUACGGCAGUGGAGGAAGUCCCUCAUCAUCAGCCUCUUUUUCUGCAUUCCUGUGAUGGGCAUGAUGAUAUACAUGAUCAUCGUGGACCACCAGAUAAACACGCAGCACCACCAUAACGCCAGUAAGGCGGACAUCGAGCAGUAUCACUCCAACAUGUUCCUAGAGCGGCAGCUUCUUCCUGGUCUGUCCAUCAUGAAUCUCAUCUCUUUCCUCUUCUGUGUCCCAGUACAGUUCGUCGGUGGUCGCUACUUCUACAUCCAGGCGUACAAAUCUCUGAAGCAUAGGACGGCCAACAUGGAUGUUCUCAUCGUCCUGGCAACUUCCAUAGCCUUCACCUAUUCUCUGGUGAUUCUGCUGGUGGCCAUGAUCGAGAGGGCGAAGACCAACCCCGUCACUUUCUUUGAUACUCCUCCCAUGCUUUUCGUGUUCAUCUCGCUGGGGAGGUGGCUCGAGCAAAUAGCAAAGAGCAAAACUUCUGAAGCGCUGUCUAAGUUGAUGUCGCUGCAGGCUACGGAGGCCACCGUUGUCACUCUUAACAGUGACAUGUCUAUCCUGAGAGAGGAGCAGGUGGAUGUGGAGCUGGUUCAGAGGGGAGAUGUGGUCAAGGUUGUCCCAGGUGGGAAGUUCCCCGUUGACGGACGAGUCCUUGAAGGUCACUCUAUGGCAGAUGAGUCGCUCAUUACAGGAGAGGCCAUGCCUGUGACGAAAAAGCCCGGCAGCUCGGUGAUCGCCGGCUCCAUAAACCAGAACGGGUCCCUGUUCAUCAGAGCCACACACGUGGGGGCGGACACCACCCUGUCCCAAAUCGUCAAGCUGGUGGAGGAGGCCCAAACCUCCAAGGCUCCCAUCCAGCAGUUCGCGGACAAGAUCAGCGGCUACUUUGUUCCCUUCAUCGUCGGCGUCUCCGUCCUGACCCUGCUUGCCUGGAUUAUUAUUGGAUUUUUAGACUUUUCUCUGGCUGAGAAAUAUUUCCCAGGAUAUAACCAAAGCAUCUCCCAGGCUGAGGUGGCCAUCAGGUUCGCCUUCCAGGCCUCCAUCACUGUCCUGUGCAUCGCCUGCCCCUGCUCCCUGGGCCUGGCCACGCCCACCGCGGUCAUGGUCGGCACCGGAGUGGGAGCCCAGAACGGCAUCCUCAUCAAGGGCGGCGAGCCUCUGGAGAUGGCUCACAAAAUCCAGACGGUGGUGUUCGAUAAGACCGGGACCAUCACCUACGGCACCCCCAAAGUGGUCCAGGUGAAGAUGUUGGCAGAAGGGAACAGCAUGCCCCGCUCCCGCCUGCUGACCGUCGUGGGCACGGCGGAGAACAACAGCGAGCACCCGCUAGGGGCGGCUAUCGCCCGCUUCUGCAAGCAGGAGCUGGGGUCCGAGUCGCUGGGCACGUGCACCGACUUCCAGGCCGUGCCGGGCUGUGGGAUCCGCUGCCAGGUCAGCAACACGGUGCCGCCGCUGGGCCAUGAGGACGGAGAUGACAGGAACCAGCGCAACGCGCUGCUGGUGCAGCUGGGAGACAGUGGGGGCAGCCUCCGCUCGCACCCUCUGAUCAUGGAGCCCGAGCCGCUAAGCCUGGUGCAGACAGCCAGCCACUCGGUCCUCAUCGGGAACAGGGAGUGGAUGAAGAGGAACGGGCUGCAGGUGACUGGCGAUGUGGACGAGGCCAUGGUGGCCCACGAGUGCAGAGGCCGUACGGCCGUCCUGGUCGCGGUCGAUGGGGUCCUCUGUGCCAUGCUGGCCAUCGCGGACACGGUGAAGCCGGAGGCGGAGCUGGCUGUCCACACGCUGAUCUCCAUGGGCCUGGAGGUGGUGCUCAUGACUGGGGACAACAGCAAGACCGCACGCGCCAUCGCCGCCCAGGUGGGCAUCCGGAAGGUGUUCGCCGAGGUCUUGCCCUCGCACAAGGUGGCCAAGGUGGAGCAGCUGCAGCAAGCGGGCAGGCGUGUGGCCAUGGUCGGGGACGGCAUCAACGACUCGCCGGCGCUGGCCAUGGCCGACGUGGGCAUAGCCAUCGGCACGGGCACGGACGUGGCCAUCGAGGCCGCCGACGUCGUGUUGAUCAGGAAUGAUCUUUUGGAUGUAGUCGGCAGCAUUGACUUAUCAAAGAAGACAGUAAAGAGGAUUCGAAUUAACUUUGUUUUUGCCCUGAUUUAUAAUCUUGUUGGGAUUCCCAUUGCUGCAGGUGUUUUCCUGCCCGUCGGCCUUGUGCUCCAGCCCUGGAUGGCCUCCGCCGCCAUGGCAGCCUCCUCCGUCUCCGUCGUGCUCUCCUCCCUCCUGCUGAAGUGUUACUCCAAACCCAGUGCUGAGAAGCUGGAGUCCCGCCUCCGGGCCCCCAUGCGACACAGCAGCCUAUCGGACGUCAGCGUGCACAUUGGCAUGGGGGAUCGGUGUCGGGCCUCCCCCCGGCUCAGCCUGCUGGACCGCAUCCUGCACUACAGCCGGGCCUCCCUCAGCUCGCUGCGGUCCGACAAGCGCUCGCUUAACAGCAUGGCGCUGGCGGAGCCCGACAAGCACUCGCUGCUGGUGGGGGAGGGCCGCUAUGACGAGGAUGCCGUGUGACCGGUCGCCCCAGGGCCUUGACCCCAAGCACACUCCGCCCCCCAUACGGGUCGAACCACAGUGCCAAGGCUCUCUCUAAAGGCCCGUCGAUUCCCCAUUCCGUCAUCUCCGUCAUGCAAGCUGCACUUCAAAGGGCGCUUGUCGGGUAUUUGCAAAGGCUUUAUUUAAUCUACAGCCGGUAGCCGGGAUCACUUAAACCGCAGUGCUUCAGCUAGGAGGCGGAGACUGACUGACCCACAUGGUGGGCAGCGAAGAGCCAAUCCGACACAAGUGCUGAUUUAAGACAAUCGGAGGCUUUUAGAAGAAUCCACUAGUGUAAAAAGAAUUUUACCCAUAUUGAUGAUAGAGUGAUUUGAUAAAAUAUUUUAUUAAAUGAUUAUCUUUUAGUUGUUACACAAGUGAAAUUUUUUAUAUAAAGAGUAAUAUAAUUUUUUUGUCGUUAAAGCGAUAUGAAUAUAUGAUUAUGAUAGAAGACCAGCAAAUUGUUUUCCCCAACGUAGUCACCUCAGAAUUAUUGGCACCCUUCAUGAAAACAAGCUAAAAUUAGUAUUUUAAAAGAAUCACACAUGCAAAAUAUUUUUUGGCUAAAACAAAUGUGCUUUUAUUUUCAAACAGAUUUUUAGAGCAAAAUAAAGCCAUAAAUUUUCUAUUGGGUUCAAGCCCAAAGACUGAGAGCCAGGCAAAGCCUUGAUUUUGUUUUGUUGCAGCCAUUUCUUUGUCGAUUUUGAUCUGUGCUUCUGAUCAUUGUCUCUUUGGGAGACCCAGCCUCAGCCUAGUUUCAGCUUCUGGCUGGAGUGACCAAAUUUUGAUCUGAAAGGUUGCAGUUGUGAAACUGUGAUCUUUGUGCUGUUCUUUGCCUCUCUGAGCAUCCUCCUCACUGUUGGGACAGUAUGUGGAUGCGUCCCCUUCUUGGCAAAUUUUCAUCAGUUCCAUGCUUUUCAACCUUUAUAAUCAUUACAUGCAUUACCUAUAGUGCUCACUUUCUUGAGGGGUGCCAUUAUUUCUGGAGUUGACUGUAAAUACCGGCCUGAGAGGUAAAUGAAGGAAUCCGGCAGUGAAAUGAUGGCGGUGGCCAUUAACAUGAUUUCUUAGCGUCACAUGUUCCACGCUUGUUCUUUCCCUCCUACGAUGACCUCUGCAUGGACGUGAAAGCAUUGAGACUGUGCUAGAUUGUCACAGAUGGGGACCCGCCUGGAUCACAUGAGAGAAAUGGGAUUAGAAUAGAAAUGUAAUAGUAAAGUUACAGCCGCAAGCUUGCCUUAACUGUCACUGCAGGAGGCAUUGACUGCUGAUGGGCACAGCCUCGUGGGCCGGGGCUGGUAAGAGAUACACACUCUCCCAGAAAGCUAUGGCUGAAAUGAGUGAACUGAAUUGUUGAGCCAGCAUGGUGAAGCUGCUGUCAGUUAUCGUACCGCCUAUAAGCAGACGUGCUGAAUACGUUAACACUAGCCGUCCCAUCCCAGGCCGUCCCUGUGGGGGGCAGUGUCCAUUCCAAAGUAGAAGACUGAUUUUUUUAUUUAUAUAUGCUAUUAUGUACGCUUAAGCAGCGUAUAAAAAUAUAUGUUGCAUUUAUGUUUGAUAUACAAUGUUUUGCAAGGUUAGUCCUGACCUAGAGACUAGCCUUAGAUUAGGACUAAGUGUGAGUUUAAGUACAGGCGUGCGGUCUUGCUCCGGGACCGGUGUUCUGCAGCAUACUGUGACUUUUGAACUUUGACACUUCACUGCACGGCGCACUGUGUGGAGACGCAUACUGAAGGACACACUCCCUGCGAGUGACACACUCCAUGCUAGCAUGUGUUGGUGUGUCAGGCUUGCUGUGUAUGCAGGGUGAAUGUAAUGAGGACAGGCAGGCUGUCCCUUUACCUUAGUGGUUUCCUGUCAAUCCAAAUAUGUUACUUACUGAAGCUGCUCAGCCAUCAUCUGUUUGAUCCCUGUUCCGGUGCUCAUAUUUAUUUUUCUUAUUUCGAACAUUUUAUCUGUUUUAUCUGUCUGAACUUUUUGUUCUGAAACAUCGUUCUUGGCAUUCACUCUCUGUGGCUUGUCUGAAUCCAGCUGAAAUAAUGUCUUUUAUAAGUUUAUUGCACGUUGUAAGGAAUAAACUGCUUUUAUAUUGCUCAA